AGAAGUCCGCGCAGUGAUGAAAGUGAGAAUGACCAUGGAGCCAGUGAUGCAGACAGCUGGAACUCAUUUCAAGAGGAGGGUGAAAGCUCUGGUGACGGAUCUGAUCACGAAGACAGUAAAGGCAGGAGACAGCAGGAAAGAAGGCACAGUUCAUCUCAUAGUAAGCAAGACUCAAAAAAUAAAGUAGAACGUGAAAAAUAUUCAUCUAACAAGCACGAAAAGCACAAGAGCAGCCAUCACAGCUCUGAUGGUAAGCAUCAUCAGAAGGAAAAACGUGACGACCGUCAUUCAUCUAAAAAUGGCCACCAUCAUUCAACUAAAAAUGAAGGCCAUCAUUCAUCUAAAAAUGAAGGCCACCAUUCAUCUAAAACUGAAGGCCAUCAUUCAUCUAAAAAUAAAGACAGUCAUUCAUCUAAAACUGAAGGCCGCCAUUCAUCUAAAAAUGAAGACAUUCAUUCAUCUAAAAAUGAAGACAGUCAUUCAUCUCAAACAGUGGAUUACAUUCCAACUAAAAAGUCCUCCUUGGAUCAUGGUAGCAGCUCACACAACACAUCCCAGGACUCUAGGAAAUCAGAUAAAAAGCCACAAUACAUACCUAGUUCAAAAACAAAGUCUACCUCUUUUGAUGGAGAUACAAAACCAGAGUACAUCCCUAGCAAAAAACAUAAUGGCACAACUGGAUCGGGUGGAACCCUGGCAGCAAUCCACCGACACAACAGCAACACCUUGGAUGAUGAUGACCUGACUGACAGUGACGCUGAUGUAGGGGCAAGUGAUGCUGAAUCACCAAGUGCAGAGUCCAAGGCCUCCGAAAUUGAAGAGUACUACAAAGCUAUGCUAGCUCAGCAAUCUGACACUGAUGACAAGAUGCAGGCAGGAAUUCACAAAGACAGCAACAGUCUGCAAAAGUAUCCUGGUGGCUCCAAGGAUAAGUAUGGUGGCUCUGUGGAUAAAUCAGGUAGCCCCAAGGAAGCCUCUAGUGACAAGCAGAGUGGCUCUAGCAACAAAUAUGACAGCUCUGACAAUAAACAAAGGUCAAAGGAUAAGAAUGGUAGUUCUGAUAGACAGACUAAGUCCAAAGACAGGAGUGAAAGGUCCAGGGAAAAAUCUAAAUCCACUGAGAAGCAAGCCAGCUCUAAAGAAAUAAAUAAAAGUGAUGGCUCCAAAGAGAAGGGUAGACAAUCAAGAGCUAGCAGCUCCUCUCACAAGCAUCAUGGCACGGAGAGCAGGAAGCAGGACAAUAGCGGUCACUGUGACCAGUCUAACAGCAAGAAGUUGAAUAAACAUGACGGGAGUCACAAGGAUGAAUCCGCAAGGUCCUCCCAUCACAGAUCCAAAAGUAAGGAGAGUAAAAAAAGUGAUGACAAAAGAGGACAGACCGAGCAGUUGGAUGAGAGGGGAGAUGGUGCCCUUGUCUGUAAAGUGCUCGACAGAAAACGCAAACGCCACAGCAUGAGUGACAGCGAGAGUGAUACCGAUGGUCCGUCCAACCGUAAAGUGUACAGCGUCAGUUCAUCAACGUUGUCCCAGACGCAUGGUCCUGCAUCACCCAGCCCACUUCCUUCCUUGCCACUGAAAUCACACAGCUCAUCACGCAGAGGGUCUUCAUCAAGAUCUGAAGGCCAUUCAAGCAAAUCUCCACACAAGUCCAAAUGCUCAUCAUCAGAGAGGUUAUCAACAAAGAAAAGUCAGGGGGAUUCUUUCAGCCAGUCUCUUGUUGUUUCUGAUGGUGAGGGGCCGUCUUAUAACCCAACCCCGAAAACGUCCAGUCACAGCAUACCUUAUGUUCCAUCCAAGAAAAUCAAAACAGAAAGCCCGGACUCGGCGUCACACACGGGAGUCUCAUUAGAGGGAGAUAGCCUGUUUGAUGAUGAGCUGUACUCACCGACAUGCCCGUCUUUAUCUGUGGGCAAAGCUCUGCCGUCCAAAAAUAGCAAAAUGGAUGAUGUAAAAUACUCUCCAACACCUGUGUCCAAAAAAUCCAGAAACAGUCCUGAAAAAUAUGCAUCUUCACCUUUGCAUAAAACAGGGUCCAAGGCUAGGAGAUACUCUCCGACCACAGUUUCUAGUAAUCCUAAAGUAAAAGAGGAAAGAUAUUCUCCUACCCCUGUAUCAAACAGGACAGAUGUAAAAGAAGAGAGGUACUCUCCAACUCCAGUCUCCAGUAAUGCUAAAGUGAAAGACGAAAGAUAUUCUCCUACCCCUGUAUCAAAGAGAACAACUGUGAAAGAGGAGAGAUACUCUCCGACCCCAGUAUUGAGUAGUGCUCCAGUGAAAGAGGAAAGGUACUCCCCCACACCUGUUUCUAGAAUAAUAAAAGAAGAAAGAUAUUCCCCAAAACCCGUCACAAAUCAUGUCAAUGUCAAAGAGGAACGCUACUCUCCAAUCCCAAUAUCCAGCAAAAUAAAAGUGAAAGAAGAGCGUUACUCUCCAACCCCGCUGAAGUCAAGAGGUCAACCCAAAACAUCGCUGUUAUCCGACAGUGAUGAAGAGCAUUCAGACCACAGUAUGGCAAGUGGUGAAGACUAUUCCCCUGCCUCUAGAUCUUCUAAAAAAAACGCCAAGACAGAGAGACCUCCACGUGCGCCUUCACCAUCUUUCAAUAAACACUCCCUUGGCAGUGAUGCAAGAACCUCGUCCAAAGACAGAGCCAAAGAGGACUCGUCAGGACACAGACAUAGCGGCUCACAAAAGUCGAGCUCAUCAAGAACACACGAUAACUCACCAGAGCACAGUAAGUCAUCCCAUCGAAACUCACACUCUUCAUCUUUCAGGGAUAAAGGAAAAGGCUCUUCUAAGGAAGACAAGGUCCAAGAAAAGGGAAGCUCCCACUCAAGGGAAAAAGCCAGUUCCUUGAAAGACAAGCACUCAUCUUCAUCCCAUUCAUCUGGGAAAGCAUCAUCUGGUCAUGAUAAGAAAAACACUGGAGGAGACAGCUCUACGCAUGUCAAAAACCACGACACCAGCUCAUCAUCAAAAAACAACAGCUCUCACUCCCCAUCUUCGUCGGCUGGAAAAAGAGAAAUUAAAGAAUCCCAAACAACCCACCCAAAAACAUCUGAUUCCUCCACACGCAGUUCCUCCACAUCAAAGCAUAAAAAGGUUAAGCCAAAAUCUACCUACACUGAACCGGACCUGGAUCUGUUUUCUGACGCAAUUCAAAUUAAGAAAGAAUCUGCACACCCUGCGGUUAAGUUCAGGCCUGACGAGAGCCACAAGAGAACAGCCUCCAAACCCUCUUCACCAUCACGUUCAUCCCCUGCCCCCAUCUCUGAAACUUUGAAACCCAGCAGCAAGUUGGAUUCUGGUUCUACGAGACGCAAGCCUGUGAUAGAGUCAGACAGUGAGAAUGAGUCUAAUGGGUCCAACGACAUGUUAGAUGAUGAGCUCAAAGACACUGACAAGUUGAAAAACGUGAAGCCUAAGAAAGUGGAGAAGCCAACUAUUGAUGACAGUGCUAUGUCUUUCGAUGACUUCCUGAACUUUAAUGAAGCAGCUGUUGUUAAAAAACUCAAGACGACGUCAAAGUCCUCCGGUAGUAAAGCCUCACCGACGCCAAAGUCCUCCGGUAGUAAAGCCUCACCGUCUGCCAGCCAUUCAUCAAAAAGCAGGGACAAGCCUACACCAUCUCCAACCACACAGAAGCAGGCCAAGUCUGAAACUCCACAUGUAAAGCUUGGGUCUUACACGUCUGCUCUGUCUGUGCCAACGCCUUCAAAAAAUGUAAGAUCUUUUUUAGAAUCAAAUUAUUUAGAGUUUCUUGACAAUUUUUUUGCAUUUGUAAUGAUAUAUUAAAAAAAAAAGAAUUAUUUAUUCAUAUUCCUCUAUAUAUCUGUAGACAUUUUGGCAGUGAUAAGUUAAGUGGGGAGUCCAAGUUGUAAACAAACUAUUAAAUGUUUAGUACAUUCUUAUAUGUGUUGUUUUUAUGAUUAUUCCAAUACUGGCCUCCAUUUCCUACUUUGCCUUGGGAUAUCUUGGAUUUUAUUAUUUAUCAUGAUCUUUUUCUCUUUUAUCCCUUACAGUGGACUUAAAGAUUGAUAGGGAUUUUGGACAAUGGGACAAAACUGGGCAUCUGGGGGAGUGGGGGGCACAUGAUUAAUUCCUCUCUACAGAUUCAUAAGUGUUCUAAAAAAAUGACAAGAACUGGCAGCUCAUUUAAAUUCCAUUUUAAGAAAGGCAGCAAUAUCAUCAUGUUUUAAAAUAACAUUACUGACGACUGGUCAUUGAACAGUUACCUGUUGCCUUGGCCGACUUAUUUGAUGUGCUGUAUGAUCUCUGGCAGAUCAUGUGAUCUUCUGAAACAGUCAACGCUAUGGACCAGUGAGCUGUAUAAUUGAAUUUCUCUGUAUAAUUCUCUGACAUGUUUUUCUUCUUCUAUUUUGUCCUGUCAGCUGGUAGUCACAGAGAAGGAUAUUCUAAGCCUGUUGCCAGAAACACAUGCCCAGUACAAGCCACUCAGAUAUAACCCCUACUACAUGGAUGAUGUUGAUGGUGUGUAUAUCUUUAAAAUUUAAAGUUCAUCAAACUUUCCAAAUCCAAUAUUACUGACUUACUAUGAAAGCUGUUUGGUGUGGCUCUCCAGGGAAAUAAUAACCAUCCACUUUAGAAAAGAAAAAGAAAUCCCAACAAAAUUGAUUGGCAGUUAUCUUGCCUGUUUUUUGUUGGAAAGCUUAGCAUACUUUAAUGUUUUACUUGCAUUCCAGAACCUGAGCCACAACCUCUACCCUCACUGAUAGAUCCAGAUUCCAUAGGUGUCAAGUCAGCUAUCAGGACUCAGGUGUAUUCUGGGAGGAAACAUGGUGUAACAGGUUAGUUGGGGAUUUUUGUGAGAUUGCAAUGUGGUUUUUCCUAAUAUUUUCAUGCUGCUGUGUGAGAUGACCUUCAACCAAUUUUGUAUUUUUGAAAAAUAAUUAUCCUUAAAUGUUAAAUUUCAUUAACUGAACACUUUCCUCUGAUGUCCCCAAUUUUUUUUUUAUAGUAAAAAGUUCAUUUUACAAGCAGUUGUGUUCGUCAAUAGUUAACAAAUUAAACAAAUAAUAAUCUGUUUUCCAAAGAUUGAUUUUAUCAGAACAAUAUUUGUAUAUGGUUGUGGUAAUAUUGAUCUAAGAAAUACAUUUUUAUUUUACCAAACAAUACGCUUGAGCUUUGAAAAUUCCAUUCUUUUCAGAAAUCAAGCCACUCUUUGACCUCUGUAUGCAAGUACUUAUUGAAAACAUUGACUGUAAGUGUAACUGUCAACAUUGUUUUAUAAUUUAGAAAAAUAAAUUAAGUUUGACGUUUUUCUUUUUAUGAUCCAGAUGCUAUAGUCUCUUCUCCUCUGUUGCCUUUAAAUCUGAUGGCUACAUGUGUAUUUCGAAGUACAUUAAUUAUAUAGAGGGAGCUCAAGAUAUAUGUGCUGUGAUUAAUCUCAAGUCCCAUGAAUUAAACCUGAACUUCCCUUUGUAAUUUUAAUUCUAAUUAAGCCACACACGCCUCUGCUUGUGAAUCACCAUGAAACUCAGAAUCAGUGUUCUGACAUCUGUCCUGCAGACCCAUCUUAAUAACUUUUAAAUAACUUGAGUGGUGGAAGCAGUAAGGAAAGGAUAACACAGAUCUUGGUAAAGCUUCCCCAAACAUUUCUCCACAUCUUUGCAUCCACAGUCAUUGACAGUGUUGGUGGUAUUCCUUACAGCAUCUUGAAGCCUGUGCUUGAGCGGUGCACAGCCCAGCAACUCUACCAGCUUGAGGACUAUAAUCCAGUGAGUGGUCUUCUCAUUAUAUUUUGCGUCCAGAGAUCUCUCCUCCGUUCUUGCAUUAUAAAACUUUUUAUUUGUUUUGUAAGAUUUUCAUUUUAACCUCUUUCUUUCCUCAUUUUGAACUCCUCAAUGAUAAUUAGUUAAUAAAAUUAUUUUUUCCUCUCCCCCAAUCAUACCCUGGACUAUGGUAAAUUACAGUAAUGUUAUUUUAAAUUAUUUCUGUUUUGCAUUUUUUUCCUUUUAGAAAGAACAUUCUUUUUCAAAAUAUUGUGCAUAUGGAUCUAUUUUUUGUUGUAAACUUAAGGCUGCACAUAUUUGCAUAUGUAUACAUUUUUAAAAAUUGAAGUUUCAAGAAUUUAGUGGUAAUGUAUUUUAAUUUAUUUCUAAAUAUUCUAAAGAACUUACUAUUAAUGGCCUUUAAUUGUAAGAAUAAAAAGUCAAAGAUUCUGAGUAACGUUUCACUUUUGUCAGUUAUUAUUUUCUAAAGUUAAUAUUAAGUGUAUGGAAGGUUUCAUGGCACAAAAAAAAAAUAUGUUCAUUUCUGAUUAUUGUGAUUGUCACUGAAAAACCCCAACAAACCCACGUGCUUCAAUCUGCUGCUACACUACAGAUAUUUAGCUUUUAUUUAUGGCUUCAAGUUGCUUGCACUGUGUCAUUUUAGCACUUUCUAGAGGACACUGAUGAAUUGUGGGAAAGUCUGUGUAAGAGAGACUUCAGGGGCAGUAAGCGUGAGGAGCUGGAAUCUUGGAGGGAGCUAUACAUGGUGAGUUGUGCAGCGUGCCUCUGUGAACAGUUCAUUCGGGGGGGGGGGGGGGGGGAGUUAACAAACUCCAAUGACCAGGGUUCUCAAAUUCAAAUUAUUUCAAAUGACUACAUUUGCCGAGGUGUUAAAUGCCCCCACAAUGAUGUGUUUUAAAUACUUGGGAAACCAUAACCUAUAAUUCAUGUUCAUUUGUUAAUGUUUGUUAACACUGAUCUUUUUGCCCCCUGUACAUCCAUUACUUUGUUUGUUCUGCAGAGGAGGUUUGAGGAACGGGAACUUAAGUACCAGAAGCUGAAAGAAAACAUGUCAACAUCAAUUGUGAAAGGCCAGGCAGGUGGGCAAAAAUUUAUUUAUUUUGUAGGUGGGUAGGGAAUAUUGAUACUUCAUUUGUCCAAUGGCAAAAAUCUACUUUAAUUUUCAGCAACAUCUUAGAGGGGUAUGGAAUGUUUCUUUGAAUUUUUAACCAGCUCCAUGUCCCCUCGCCCCAAAGAAGAUGGUGCAGAGUGAAAAGGAACUUGCUUUCAUAUUUAUGUUAUCUCCAGGUAGGAAGGCUCAACUGGCGUAUGUUGAUACAGUGGCC